CGUUCGGCGUGAGAUAACGAGCAGGAACUUUGUUUCCCAUGCAGAAGGUCAAGAGUACCAUAUAAGAUGGCAGCCUCUUUGCUGCUUCUUGUUGGCACACGAACAUUCUCAUUCCGGUCUUUACAGCGUGGGCUUAAAUGCCUCUAGUCACUCAUUUAUAACACUUCCAGAGGAUCGUUUCGCACCAUGCAUUUUCCCACUUACCUCCUUGGCUUGGCCAGUCUGAGCAUCGCCGCUCCCACCGGUAAUUAUCGACGCGAAGAAGCGGGAGGACUUGGUCUAGAUGCGGUCAGUGGUCUGACUGAGAAGCUUCCUAUCGGUGCGCUUGGCAAACGUGGAGAAGGCGGAGCGCUUGAACUGGACUCUGUCAGUGAUCUGACUGAGAAGCUCCCUAUCGGCGCGCUUGGUGCACGUGGAGUGGUAGCGAAUCCAGUAGCGGGUUCCGAGGACGACAUCUUCUGCUCCGAUCUUCUCAAGUUGCAUGGCCAGACCGAUGACGAAAUUAACUGUAUCGAUGGACACGGCGAUCUCGUUCCAUUUGGUGCUAUCAAGCGUCGCCAAGAGGAGGGAGGAGAGGAGGAGGGAGGAGAAGAGGAGGGUGGAGAAGCGCCAGAGGGCCCAGAAGGUCCAGAGGAGCAGCCAGAAGCACCCGAAGCACCCGAAGCAGAGGAGCCUGAAGGGUCGCAAGCACCAAAAGGGCCAAAGGCACCGAAGGCAAGCAGUGUCGAGCGUCGAAAGGAGAACAAGGCAGAGUCUAAGGACGCAGGAAACCCUCUCGGUGGCCUUACAGGUGGUCUCCUUCCAGGCAUUGUGCGACGUGGGAACCUUGAUGGUGUCACUGGCGGAGUUGGUGACCUCACUGGUGGGCUUACGGAUGUUACAAGUGGACUUCCCAACACUGGCAAGCUCGCAUCAGACACCCUUCGCCGUGAUGUAGGCGGCCUUGACGGUAUCACGGGAAGUCUUGGAGGCGUCACUAAGGGUCUUCCCGAUACUAGCAAACUUACCUCCGGCGCUCUUGGACGCCGUGAGAUCGCUGGUCUUGACGGCAUCGCUGGCGGACUUGGAGGCGACAGCAAGGGUCUGCCUGACAUCGGCAAGCUUACAUCAGGUGCUCUUGGACGCCGUGAGAUCGCGGGUCUUGAGGGCAUCACUGGCGGUCUUGAUGGCGUCACCAAAGGUCUCCCAGAUACUGGUAAACUUACAUCAGGCACUCUUGGACGUCGUUUCCUCAAUGGCGGUACAGUGGAUUCUCUGGCUCCUGCAACCGAUGGUCUUGGCACUGCUACGCAAGGAGUUGGAGCUGCUCUCUCUGCUGCCAAACUUGCUUCAGGCACUCCUCGACGCGAUCUUGAUGCAAGUGGUGGCGUUCCUGAUGUCAAAGAACUCCGCAAACAAAUUGCAGACGAUGAUUUUUUUCAUGGAAAAGGCGACAGUGCCAACGUUGAGGAUUCUCCUGAACAAGUCGCUGAGAAAGCCGCUGAUGAAGCUUCUGAAGCGGCCCAUGACAGUCUUUUACCAGGCAUCCUGCGACGCCUUGAACCUGCUGCUCCCCUGUCUGCCGCCGAGGAGGAAGCUCUCGGUGGUAAGGGUGAGCUCAUUCCAGGCAUUCUCCGACGUGACUUGGCCAGCGAGAUCAAGCCUUUGGCCGAGGGUUUGAAGCCCGCCCUUGAGCCAAUCCCAUCCAUCGACACUACCAAGAUGGCGCCAGGCGUCCUCCGACGUGGCGAUGCUACUGAUAUCGAGGCCGCUACCGACGAAUUCACAGCGAACAUUCUGGAAAGCGUGUCUGACCUCGGCCGCCGCGCAGAACAAUCAUCCGCGGACAAGAAUGGCAACAAGGCUUCUGCUGUUAAGACCAACCACAAGGCUGCCGUCGAGAAGGCUGACAAUAAGGCCGCCUCUAAGAAGGCUGACAACAAAGCCGCCCUGGAGAAAGCGCACAGCAAGGCUACUGAGAAGACAAGCGGCAAGCCAAAGGGUGGCCUGCUCGGUCUGCCUGUCCCUGGCGUACUGAGGCGUGACACUCAUGACAAGAAGGCUUCCUCGAAAAAGGCUGGCAAUCAAAAGUCUGUAGAGAAGUCGCACAGCAAGGCUACUGAGAAAACGAACGGAAAGCCAAAGGGUGGCCUGCUCGGUCUCCCUGUCCCAGGUGUCCUCUAAUUUGAGAUGAGAUACAUGAAGCCGCUGGUGUCGGUAUUGGGUCUGACAAACCAUUUCUAUCUGAGCGUAGGAUAAUCCCAACUCCAGCUUAUGCUCGAGAUUGUACGAAGCUGAUGAGAAAAGUAGUGCUCGCCAGCGACUGUGGAGGCGAUCAUUGGCCUGAUGGCGCCGCAUCCAGAAUUGCAGAGGUUGGCAAUGAGGCCUGAGCUUGUAAUACUUUCUGAGUCAACUGAGCAUUAUGCCUCAACGUAGUACUUCAAAAUAAUGCUUCAACGCACGUUGC